GGGGCGGGGCGGGGGCUGUGCGUGUGUGGUAGGUGGGGUGCUCUCUCAGUCUCCAGCCGCAGCCCGCCGCAGCCGCAGCAGCAACAUGACGAGAGUCUUAGCAGUCCUCGCCCUCGCCCUCCUCGCCGGCUUGGUGAGCGGGCAGGGCUGCCCAGAGCAGCACGGCGUCCAGGCCUACCCGCACCCGGACCUCUGCGACCACUUCUACCUCUGCACCAACGGCACCCUCACCGAGGAGGUGUGCGAGAACGGCCUGCUGUUCGACGGCAAGGGCGCCGUGCACAACCACUGCAACUACCACUGGGCCGUCAACUGCGGCGCGCGCAAGUACGAGUUGGUGCCCCUGUCUACCCCGGGAUGCGAGUUCCAGUUCGGUAUCUACGCCGAGGCCGCUUGCUCCACCAACUACUACAAGUGCGCGUACGGCGCGGUGCACCCUGAGUCCUGCGAGCCCGGCCUCGCCUACGACGAACGCACCCACUCCUGCAACUGGCCCGACCUUCUCCUCGAGCAGGGCUGCAACCCCGAGCAGAUCGUCGGCUUCAAGUGCCCCGAGAAGGUGAGCGGAAAGGCCGCCAAAUUCUACCCGUUCCCGAGGUACGCCAUCCCGGGCGACUGCACCCGCUCCAUCACCUGCGUCAACGGCUUCCCCAGGAUCACGGCCUGCGGCGAGGACAAGGUGUUCGACGCCGAGUCCCUCACCUGCGACGAGCCCGAGCUCGUUCCCUCCUGCGCCCAUCUGAGGAAGUAACGCAGCACCCGGGGCAAAAGAAGUGCAACAUGAAGAAUACCAGUGACUUUCCUCGAGACGAAAAAUUGUGCCUCGCCUCGCAUCACAAUUACUUUUUUGUUUAAUUUCGAACGUUACCAGUUUAGUUUGUAGAAGUUUCAUUCCUAUGUUGGCUUGUGAUUGACUUUUUAAGCUAUCGAUUUAGAAAUGUACAAAUAAUGCCAUGUGAUAGAAACCAUAAUUUUAUUACUUUUGACAAAUGUGGAUAAAUAGACAACGACCUUUUUAGACA